AUGGAGGAGCACCAGGAAAGCGGCCCGAAACAAAACAUGCUCUCCACGAAGCUUGCACGAGGAACCACCACCAGAUGCGGACCGAUGGUCCGGUACCCGCCGACCGUCGUCCUGUGUCUGGUCAGCGAAUUCGCCGAACGCUACGCGUUCUACGGCAUGCGCACCGUACUGGUGCUGUUCUUCGUGACGGUGUACGGUAGUCAAGCGUCCAGCGCCAAGCUCGUCUAUCACGCGUUCAUCUCCCUGGCCUACUUCUACCUGGGCCGGUAUUCGUUGAUCCUGUGGGUGUCGUUCCUGUACUGUGCCGGUCUGACGAUGGUGACCGUCGCGGCAAUGACCGACCUGGUGGCCGGUGCCAGCAAACCGCUGAUGUACGUCGGUCUGGUGGUGGUCGCGUUGGCGACCGGCGGCAUCAAACCGUGCGUCAGCACCUUCGCCGCUGACCAGUUCCCCGACCACCAGCACAAGGACCGAUCGAGGUUCUUCUCGUUCUUCUACUUGACGAUAAACCUCGGCGCGUUGUUGGCCACCAUCACCGUACCGUACCUGAGAAGUCAAGUGUGGUGCUGUGGUCAGCGAAUGUGCUUUCCUCUGGCGUUUGGCGUGUCGGCCGUGUUCAUGUUCGUAGCGGCGUUUGUGUUCUUCUCCGGCCACACCAAGUAUGUCAGGGUACGACCGCAGAGCAGCGCCAUCACACAGGUGUACUCGUGCAUCUGCUUCGCGCUGCGAGCGAGGCGGCACAGAUGCAACGGCAGGCCCUGUCACGCGGAGGCAACCGAUGAGGCGGCAACAUCCAAACAGCCGCCCAUCCAUUGGCUGGAUUGCGCAACGCCGAAGUACGGAGUCGUCUACCCGUUGCUUGACACGUACAAGCUGCUGACGAACGCGUUGCAGCGAAUGGUGUGCGGAUUGUCGUUGGCGACUAUCAGUUUCCUGUGUGCCGGCUUCCUGCAGCUCUACCUGGGCUGGUACUCGGUAACCGAGCCCGGCGGCGACAGCCAGCGACUGACCGUACUGAACCUGCGCCGCUGUUCCCUGGUUCAAACGGUUAACGGUCAUGAGGCACAAAUCGUCCUCAGCGACGGUUCCGCGACGGUGAACGCGCGACGAGGAAGCGAAAUAUUCAUAGACGACCGGAACUGUUCGAACUCGACCGUCGACUACCUGCUCAGCGAGUAUCGUCCGGCGAAAACCUCAUCGAGGAUGCACAUCAUGACGCUGCACAUUUUGCUGGAGGACACGAAAGCGUUCGGCGAACACCACGUCAUGCUGGUCUUUAAACGCGGUUCCGACGAAAUACGCUUCAACGUGACCGACGCCGGGCACAAGCCGGUGUUUUUGGAUUUUCCGGCGUUCGGCCACGACACCGCAGACGUGUCCCUCGAAAGCUGCGACUUUCUUACCGGUCAUUGUACUCGAAAGUACUUGUCGAAAGUACCCCUGACUAUGGGCGCGAUUGCGCUGAUAGCUCUACCGAAGGACAAAAACGUCCAUUUCGUCAUGCUAGCCCCCGGCAACGUUGUGUCCAUCCUGUGGCAGGUGCCGCAGUUGGUUCUAAUCACACUCGGCGAACUUCUCUUCUCCAUUUCCGGCCUGGACUUUGCCUACUCUCAGGCCGACGACAGUAUGAAGUCGAUUCUCACAGCCCUGUGGCUGCUGACUGUCUUCCUCGGCAACAUCUGCACAAUGCUUAUUUCUGGCACUAACAUCUUUCCCAAUCCGUCCAUCGAAUUCUUCACCUACGUUGGCCUGAUGCUAAUCGUCCUUGUGAUCUUCGCUGCUCUCGCCAGACGUUAUCAGUACCUAAGCAAAGGCAGUGGUGAAAUGCAUCUUAAAACGUAG